UAUUAGGGUUUUGAGAGAACUCUCCAUUGCAGCUGCGGCUCCUAAAACUAACGAAUAAUCCAUGGCUCGGAUCAAAGUUCAUGAGUUGAGGGACAAAACGAAGGCUGAUUUGUUUGCUCAGUUGAAGGAUCUUAAGGCUGAGCUCGCUCUUCUCCGUGUCGCCAAAGUCACCGGCGGUGCUCCCAACAAGCUCUCCAAAAUAAAAGUGGUGAGGACAUCAAUUGCACAGGUGCUGACUGUUAUUUCACAGACACAGAAAGCAAAACUCAGGGAAGCCUACAAGAACAAGAAAUACUUACCUCUUGAUUUGCGCCCUAAGAAAACCAGAGCCAUUCGCAGGCGUUUAACCAAGCAUCAGGUUUCUUUGAAGACUGAAAGGGAGAAGAAAAAGGAGAAGUACUUCCCAUUGAGGAAAUAUGCUAUCAAGGUUUAAGGGUGGAGAUAAUCACCCAUUUAGGAUGAGUUUUUAAGUUUUGAUGUUAAACUCAAUUUACAUAUAUUUGAUGUUUUGGUGAAGGGAUUGAAUUUUGGAGCUUGCUUUUGAUAUUGAAAUUAUAAUGUUGCUUUCUCAAAUCUUCCUGGCUUCGUUUUUUCCUCCUAUUUUGUU